AUGCCAUCGUCUAAGAAGGAUAAUGAGGAAAUCUUCCGUAAAAUCAUCGACAACUGCAACGCGGGCAACGAGGCCGGCCUGGAAGUCCUCCUCCACAUGACCUGUAUCGGAGUCAACGGAGAAGACUGCUUCACCGGCGAUUUCGCGCAUCGCCUAAACAGACCAUUGGGGCCGAACAGCACCAACGCGGUGAAAAUCGAUACGAUUCUAGUUGAUGGGAAUUCUUCACAUCUUGUCGCCCGUCUCAUCAACAGGACGACGCUGCUGGACUCUGGUACGGUCUUUGAGUACGCAGAAAUCGUUUUUGCUGAUUUCAUGAACGAUUCCCUCCUCGGAUGGCGGUCACUACGGGACGAGGACGCAAUUUUAAGCCGGGAACACUCUUCGAUUCCUACUAUUACCCCGCCGCGGGAUGUGGCUCCGCCGUCAUCCAAGGUAUCAGUGCAGGAAAUGAAGUCGUUCUACCAGGAAUAUAUCAAAUCCAUCAACGAAAAGACAAUGACACGAGACUUUGCGCAGUUUUGUCAGCCAGAGUUGAUUCAUAACGAUCGCAAGCUCUCUAUCGCCGAGUACAUACCCCUUAUCAGCGAGAGCCAAGACGCCAUAGACGACCUGUAUUUUGACAUCGACAUGUUGAUUGCGGAUGAGGAGACCCAGCAGAUUGCGGCGAGGCUUGAGUUUACGGGAACUCCUAUCAAGGAAUGGGGAGGUGCAAAGCCCAAUGGCAACAAGGUUGAAUUUCAUGAGCAUGUCAUCUAUCAGUUGGUAAGUGGGAAGAUCUUAAGGGUGUCGUCGGUUAUAGAGUUGGAUGUGUAUCGAAAGCAGAUGAGGUGAUCCGUUCAUGGAAAGGAAGCCGCAUUACAUUCGUCAUGUUAUGGUACGGUACUUUGCAACUAUUGGGCAAUCGAUGUAGCUGAGCCCUUCAGUCGGCCGCUCACAACAC